UUCCACCCCAAUUGCCUGUUUGAAGCUGUGCGAUGGAAACUUCUCUCAAAUGUCGACGCGUCGACCUGUCCACUGCUCGCAGCGUAGAGGGAGAUGCCGAAUGGAAGAUGUACAAUGCUGGCCGAAUGCGAGCGCAUUUCUUGGCGCGCUCACGUGCUGGCCAAUGCGAAUGCCAGCACUUUCAGCUUCCAGGCUUCCCAGAGGUCGACUUCACGUUCAUGCUCUACCCCACCGGUUUCGCUUCGAUGGGAACAGCUGCAGCUCCUGCCGUGCUGGCGCUGCACGUCAGUGGCUGUGGCUGUGAAGGCGUCGGCUUUGAGGUGCACUUGACGCUGCAGCUCUAUGGUCCCGGUGGAGCCGUUCCUCUGAUGGAGGCGGUCGAGGAGAAAGCAUUGGCAGGCACGGGACGCAUUUCGUGCCAAAUCCUUUGGCCUGAAGAGGGUGUGGACCUGUGCCUCUGCAGCUGCCACGUUUUAGCAGCACCGCCGCCUCGUGGUGAUCCAGUCUUGCGCCUAUCGCGCGUUUGGGAGCCAUGUGACGAGGUGGGUCGUGACGACAUCGAAAGGCUUGAUGGAGAUGAUUCGGACUAGCCGAGAGCUCUCGAGACUUGCCCACUUCAGUGGAGAAAAAGAAA